UGUGUUUGGGAUUACUAUCCAGAAGUUGAGGAGCGAGGAGGGGGGAGAAAAGAAAAAAAAAGCAGGAGGCAAGUGGAGGGAGUUGUUAUUGCAACAUGAUCCAAGGGGUCGUGCACUAAAUAUACCACCGGGUAAGAGAGAGGCAACCUUUUCUUUUCCACAUUUAGGACAAUACCACAGGUAGGAGCUCUGACAUAUAUAUAUUUUUUUUGUAUUCAGAGAUGUGACUAAAUUGCAGUUAGGGUCAAAGGUCAUAAAAAAAAACCAACAAAAAAAACCAACCAUGCAAAAAGCAGAGAAAGGGGCUCCCCCGAGUCCCGUCGUCCCUCCGAAACGUUCCAAAGCGAGCCCGGAGCGAGUCGAGCCGUCGGGGCCCGCUCGCCCCAGCCCGACUCCGCCGGUGUUCACGCGCAAAAUGCGGAACGCCGCCGUCGGGACGGGCUGCGAUAUCCGGCUCAAGGUGACCGUGGCCGGGGACCCCCAGCCUUCCCUCUACUGGUACCACAAUGAUGGCCUGCUCAACAUGGAGAACCAGGAGUACGGAGGCCUCUGGAUUAGGGACUGCAAACCCAGUGACGCCGGCCUCUACACCUGCAUCGCCAAUAACCACCUGGGAGAGGCUCGGAGCAGCGCUGUACUCGCUGUCCUGGACCUUGGUGAAGAAUCUGACACAACAGAGGAUGAAGGAGGAGAGCAGUUUGAGACCAAAGACAAUAGUGUGGAUUGUGAGGACCAUGCUGCGCAUACAGCAGUAAUGGACAAGUAUGCAGAUGAUGAAACCAAAACAAGGAGCCAGUCAAAUGAUUCUACUAGAGAUUCUCCACCACAAGUUCUCCCACCCCCGUCCCCAAGACUCGUCAAACGCCACUCCACCUCUCCAAUGCCCAGUCGCUCAAUUACACCCCUCAGCUUGCGGAAGAAAACUGUUGUACCAGCAGAAUACCAAGACACAGUACCCGCAGAGUUUGAAGAAAAGGUUAAAAUGCCAAAAUCCUUGUCCCAAAGUAACACUAAUUCCUCCAGACCACAAACUCCACAGAACGAGCAGCCCCGGAAAGAGAUUACUCCCAGACCAUCCCCCAAGCUUACCAGGGCAAGCUCCAAAGUUUUUGAAAAGGUCCGUGACUUAGAAGAGAGACGGCGAAGCCUAGAUUUUCCGGAAGGUUCCGUCUCGGGUAGAUCUUGGGCAGGGUUCAAUCUGGCAGGUUCAGUCGACUCAGAUGACGGAGGUAGCCGAUUGGGUAUUUCUAGAGAAAGUUCCAGGGAAGAUCUAAGAGAGGCUCUCAAAGAAGACGCAGCUGAACGUAGAUCUAUGUUUAAACAGAGAGCCGCUUCGCUUGAGGACAAACCUCGCUAUUCUCAAAAAGUUCAGGACAUUGAGAACAAGUUCACAGAGGAGCUACAGCGUAUCAAGAAACUUGUUGGUAAACCUCAUUUGAAGAAAUCAUUUUCAACUGAACAGCUCAGUAUGAAGGCCAGACAACGGCAGCCUUUUAGGAAAAUAGAGCCCAUUCCCCCACAAGUCCUUCAAAGGCUUCAAGAAAGGGAACGAUCUCAGUGGGUCAAAGAGAAAAAAGAAAAUGGACUACACCCGCAAUUAGUGCAGCAAGGGCAGCAAAUCCAUAAGAGUGAAAGUAGUGGUAUCGCAAACAUCCAUCCAGAGUCCAUGCAGUUAUCUGACUUACCAGGACAACGAUCCGUUCGGGAAUUUAGCAGAGUCAGUCCAGUGACUGAAAUAAUUCAGAGAUCAUCAUCGCCGGCAUUAUUCAACCAACAAAUGGAAGACUCACCAGGUAAACAUAACCCUGAAAUGACCAUACGCAAACUAGAGAAAAGGCCCCCAAGUCCUCUUGUACAGAGGAUUUCCCGAACACAAGAAUCCCCACAAGCCCUGGAAUCUCCUGUGCAAACUCAACUGAACGAGACUUCAGGGAGAAAAACGCCAAUAGAAGUUACUCUGAGAAAAAUUGAAAACCGACCUGAGAGUCCACGAGUACGAAAAAGGGUUGUCUCUGUACAAGAACCAUGUCCUCAAGCGUCACCCAAACCCCCAAGGAUGACACCAGCAAACCCAACGGAGGCGCAGCUUCCGAAACAACCCCCCAAUAUUAGAAUUCCCACAAUCAUUGUUGAAGAUGAACAAGUAAGGAAAGAUAUUCCUGUGGGACACCCGCAGAAGACCAAAGUAAAGCACCGUCGCCCACGACCGAUGUCUCCUGAGUUGGAUUCUUCAGAUGAUUCCUAUGUAUCUGCAGAGGAGGACCCAAUGGAAGCGCCCCUGUUUGAGUUUCCCCUUCAAGAUACAGUAGCAACGUCUGGCUCAGAUGUACUGCUAAGAUGUAUCGUCACAGGCUACCCUAUUCCUGAAGUUACCUGGACAAAAGACAACGUUGACAUCAGCGGUAUUCCCAAUUAUGCAGUCAAAGUGGAAGGGGAUCGACAUAGUCUACUCAUAAAAUCAGCCAACGUAGAUGAUGGUGGAAAAUACAGCGUUAGCGCUGUGAACCAAGAGGGCAAAGUCACCAGCACUGCAAACCUCACGAUUAAAGCAGAACCCAUUGAGAAGUCAAUGGGGGUCCUGGGUGUUCCAAUUGACAUCAGCAGCCCCAUCACAUCGGAUGACGAGUACCUCAGUCCCCUGGAGGAAGCCUCGGAUAUCAGUUCACGGGAGCCAAAGAGAAUACUUGACACAGCAUUUAAGAAAGCCCCGGCAUUUCUGGCGACAAUAAAUGAUCAGGUGGUUGUUGAAGGACAGGAGAGUACCAUGUCGGUACAGAUAAGUGGACAACCAAAACCUUUACUUUACUGGCUGAGAGGCAGAGUUACAGUAAAAACUGGCCCGCGCCAUAUCGUCCGAGAGACAGACAGUGGCACUUUCGAAAUGACCAUAAAGUCGGCGGUGAGGUCGGACACGGGGAUUUACACCUGUAAGAUCAUUAAUGAGUACGGGACGAAGCAGUGUGAAGGGAAGCUGGAAGUAAAAGCAGCACCAGUCGAACCAGGCUUGGCCGUCAUCCGCCCUGUCAGGGACAUCACAGCGAACGCGGGAGACACGGUGCUGUUUGAGUGUCACGUCAUCGGACCCAAAGACACCGACGUGGACUGGCUGGCAGACGGGAAACUGAUCCAACCCGCGUUGCUGAAUUGCAAGAUGCAUUUUGAUGGAAAAAAAUGUCGCCUGCUGCUUAAUUCGGUACACGAGGAUGAUACUGGGACAUAUAUGUGCAAGCUCAGCACAGCUAAAGAGGAAGUGACUUCAUGUGGAAAACUCAAAGUGAUUCCUUCGGCUGAACCUCUGUUUACACGCAAACUGGAUGUUCUGGAAGUCAUUGAGGGGCGUAACGCUCGAUUUGACUGCAAAGUCAGUGGGACGCCGCGGCCAAAGGUUAUCUGGACUCACUUUGCAGACCAUCCACUCACUGAGAGUGAGGAUAUUCGUAUUCUUCAGGAGAAUGGCCGUCACUCCCUCAUCAUUUCUCAUGUGACCAAUGACGAUGAAGGCUUCUACACAGUAACAGCCACUAACUGUCAUGGCGAAUCAGAAUGUUCUGCUGAACUCUACAUACAAGAGCCACGGCCGGCCAUCUCCUCACAGAUGGCUAAACUAGAGAAGAUGCCGUCCAUACCAGAGGAGCCUGAGGUCCCUGAGAAUGAAGUUGAGAGAUUCACCAUGCCUGACUUCAUUAAACCUCUUUAUGAUCUGGAUGUCAUUGAGGGGAAGGAGGCGGUGCUGAAAUGUAAAGUUGCUGGCUUACCCUACCCAACCAUUGCUUGGUUCCACAAUGGCAGAAGAAUUGAAAGCACAGAGGACAGAAAGAUGACGCAAUUUCGUGAUGUCCACAGCCUGGUCUUACGCUCAGUGGGUCAUGCACACGGUGGCGUGUACAAGAGCGUCAUAUCUAACAAAAUAGGCAAGGCCACCUGCUACGCUCACCUUUAUGUCACAGAUAUCCUUCCUGACCCUCCUGAUGGGACUCCAGUGAUCGAAUCAAUCACAGGCAAAGUUGUCAUCCUCAGCUGGAAGAAGCCAAGGAGACUAGACCCUUCCAUUGAGCCAAAAUCCUUGAUGUAUGCCAUCCAGCAACAAGCCCUUGGCUCCAUCCAAUGGACCAUUAUUGCUUCGGGCCUGAAGGAGACCACCUAUACCAUCAGCACAUUAUCCAAAGGUGUGCGCUAUUCUUUCAGGAUCUUGACCAUCACCUCCAAGGCCUUCAGCAAGCCCUCGGCUGCUACAGACCCAGUUCUACUGUUGGACAGAGGCCCGUAUCUUCAAGAGGCUCCGGUUAUCAUUGAUAAACCAGAAAUUGUAUUUGUGAUGGAAAACCAGUCAGUAACCAUCUCCGUCACUAUAAAUCACGUCAAUGCCGCCGCCAUCUGGAAAAGGAAUGGAGUGGUUUUGGACAACAAGGCAGGUGUAUACGAGAUGGCAAUGCCGGAUGAUGACCAGCAUACGCUGAAGCUGAUGAAAGUAAAGAGUGCUGACAUUGGAGAGAUGAUGUUUGUAGCCUCCAACAAGUAUGGGAGUGAUAGCUGCACCUUUACUGUGGAAAUGGCAGCUCCCCCGACAUUUGAAACCAUAAUGGAGGAUAUCGACGUGUGUUGUGGUGAGACCCCUCGCUUUGCUGUGGUUGUGGAGGGCAGACCAGUUCCAGACAUUCUCUGGUUCAAGAAUGACGCUCUCCUGUCCGAGGGCAGUCAUUACACGUUUGUGUACGAUGAUAACGAAUGUUCCCUGCUGGUCCUCAACGCUUGUCAAGGAGACUCUGGCGUCUACACCUGCACCGCAAGGAACUUGGCAGGUUCUGUGUCCUGCAAAGCCGAACUCACAGUUCAUGAAGCUUUAAGCAAAGAGGAGCCAAUGGAAGAUGAGGAGACAAUCUUGAGGAAACUCCGAAGACUGACUGACCAGUAUGAUAUUCACAAGGAAAUUGGAAGAGGUGCAUUUUCCUACAUAAAACGUGUGACCCAGAAGGAAGACAAAUUGGAGUACGCUGCCAAGUUCAUUUCCACAAGAGCUAAGAAGAAAACCUCUGCUCUGCGAGAGAUGAGACUUCUCUCCAAGAUGGACCAUGAACGAGUUCUCCUCUUUCAUGAUGCCUUUGAGAAAAAGAAUGCAGUCAUCAUCCUCACUGAAAUAUGCCACGAGGAGAUUCUUGACAGAUUUACACGGAAAUCUCCACUGUUGGAGUCUGAUGUGCAUUCGUGCAUUAGACAGUUGCUUGAGGGUUUGGAUUACCUUCAUCAUGUCAACAUCCUGCACCUCGAUAUUAAGCCUGAUAACAUCCUUAUGGCAGAUGCACAUAGUGAUCAGAUCCGAAUCUGUGACUUCGGCAACGCGUUGGAGAUCACUCCGGAUGAGGCUCAGUAUUGCAAAUACGGCACACCGGAAUUUGUUGCCCCGGAAAUUGUCAAUCAGACUCCUGUGUCAAAAGCAACUGACAUCUGGCCAGUUGGAGUUAUUGCAUACCUGUGUUUGACAGGAGUUUCUCCGUUUGCCGGUGAAAAUGACCGCUUCUCCGUGAUGAACAUCAGGAACUAUAAUGUGGCGUUUGAGGAGAACAUGUUUGCUCAUCUGUCAAGAGAGGCCAAAGGUUUCAUCAUUAAGCUGCUGGUUGCAGACAGACUGAGACCUGACACUCAAGAAUGUCUCAGACAUCCCUGGUUCAAGACUUUUAGCCAGGGGGCAGCUAUAAAUACAGAGGCAAUGAAGAAGUUUGUAUCUCGCAGAAAAUGGCAGCGUUCAAUAAUCAGCUACAAAUCUAAAAUGGUCAUGAGGUCCAUUCCUGAGCUACUGAAUGAUUCCUCAAGUCAUAUCUCCAUUGCCGUUCCCAGGCACCUUAAAGAAGCUUCACCUUUACCUUCAUCAUCCUCAGAUUCUGAUGAAGAUAUUGAUGAACUUCCUUUCAUUCCAAUGCCACUUAACAUGGAAUUUUCUGGAUCAAGGAUGUCACUUAAUGACAUCCAGACCAACGAGAAGGACUCAGGGAAGCAGAAUGGAUCCAAUAGAUGGUCAACUACUCCAGAGACAAUGGAACACGACAUUAGUGAAACGGACAAAGAAAGGCCUGAGUUGACGAGUAAAAGUGGCCAGCGGGAAGGAACGUUACAAGAUGAUAAUAUGGACUUGUCAGAAGAAGAAUCACCUGCUGACUUGCCUCUAAAAGCUCUUAAAAGAAAGCCUCUAAAAAGAGGUUCAAGCAUGGAGUCAGACAAACCUGAGGGUGGACGAAAAAAAGGAGAGCUAAGACGAGGAAGCUCAGCUGACAGCGCUUUGCUACUUAGGAUUACACCAGAGGAAGGAGGAACAGAGGGAAACCAAGAGGGUGGAAGAAAAGUUCUCAAGAAAGCAGUCUCCAUGGAACUACCAAAGCGGAGCACCAGUCCAGGAAUUGCAAAUAUGAGUAAAGAAGAUUAUGCCCUCAAGCUGGAGCUUAUGAGGCAACGAUUGCUUCGUGGAGGUUCUGUGGACAAAAAGAUGAGCGGUCUGCGAGGUCCUCUUUUAGAAACACUAGGAAUGGGUAAUGAAAAAUGUACAGUACCCUCAGAUCGCUAUUCCCGCACCACCCGACUGGGACCCGCUUCACUGACUAGAGCAGCAUCCAGUGAUUUGCAAAGGGAUGAUAUUUCAAAGCCUAAUGUUUUGAACAAAAGUGCUUCCUUUAGUCAAGGAGAUUCAGAACCAAUAGCUUUACACAGGAGAUCGGGAGCUCCUCUUGAGAUUCCUGUGGCACUGGUUGAAGAGCGAAGACUCAAGGAAGCUAUAUCAAUGUCAGCUCUUACUGAGCAAUUCAAGCUUGACUCCCGCCCAGUGACCCCACGAGAGCCUUCACCAAAUACGCCAACACCAUAUUUUAUUGGACAGAAGAGUCCUAUUAAAACUGAAAGUAAGGACUCAUUAUUGGAGAAAGAGACAAAACCGGAUGAAGUUAUAACUGAAAAGAUGGACGGGGUGAAUAAAGAUAUUGGUAAUGUUGAUGAGAGGUCAAGCACCAGCGGCUUCUCUGAGAAGGACAUGAGCAUAUCAGAGGAUUUAGUGAAUGAAUCAGAGUAUGUAGGCAACAUAAGUCCUUCACCAUUUGUAGUGGUCCAAAGCACUGAACUCAAGGAAAAAAUAGAAGAAGUUAAGGCAAAAGAACAAAAGGAAAAAGAACAGAUUGUGAAAGAAGAUGAAAAAGGAAUUUUCAGUGUGGCUUGGUCAAAAGUACCGGAAGAAAAUUUAGAAGAAAAUGACAUAAUGCCUGAGAUUAUUACUACCUCGAACUCAGUUACCACGAGACCAACACAAGAAUCCUCUGGCACCACAACAAAAGUUUCACCCUAUCCAACACCUUCACUAACUUCGCCUGUUGUUCUGCCAGAUGGAAGGACUUCUGCUUAUGCGAGUAUUAUGCAGACAAUCAUGGUCCCUUCAAUUCAGCCACUCACUGACAUACCACUCAGUCCAUCCACUCCUGUUGUUGUUCCUGAAACCACAUUGUCUUCUGUAUCAACAUCUCCUACUGUACCUAGUCCACACAAACCACACAUUGUGUCAACUACUGAGCAUGCAGCUGUUUACUCCCGAGUGGCCUCACCAGAAACGAUAACGAAAGAUCCUAGCCCACCAAAGACUAUAAGUCAAUCAGCUGUAGGAAUGGAUGUAGAGGACAUUACCUCGGAAGAGAUAUUUGAGGCCCGCUUCAAAAAACGGGAGUCUUCCCUGACAAGAAGUUUAAAAUUUUUGACGCGAUCAAAGAAUGAGGGAAACUCCCAGAUAACGCCACCAGACGCAACAGAGUCAGGUGAGGUCAUAUACAGACCUGGUCCAUUGGGUGCACCACUGGAAUUUUCUCCAAGGAAACUGGAGGAGAAGUCCAAGUCAGUUCAGGACCUUCGUGAAGCUCAAAAGGACCAAGGUUUUAUGAGGAGGCUAUCAAUGCGGCUAAAGAGAACUCCAUCAACUGAGCGCAAGGGAGAAGAGACCAAAGAAGAAAAUUUAGGGCCCUCAAGACGUAGGCUAUCUUGGACACUUGGACGAAGAGGAUCACAAGAUAAGAAAGAAGUGGAGAUGACGCGCAUGGAUGGUGGAAGUAAUGUCUCUCUUCAAAAAGAGGAAAAGGAGCCAAAAAAGCCAAACGAAUCUCCGGUCUUAACAAUGCGUAGGAAGAUCGAGUCGACAGUAGCCGGCAUCUCAACCAGAAUUCGUAGCUAUUCUGAGGAAAGAAAAUCAUCAGAAGAGAGGGAGCCAAAGAAGACACCGAUUCUUUCCAUACUUCGUCGGGCAACAUCAGAGAACCGUGGAAUGAAGGGCACUAAUGUUCCGAGGAACCAGCUCGCAUCUCAGGCCACUAAUGGGGCUUCAUCUGAAUCAUUGGACUCCAUGUCCAGUUUAAAGUCAGACACAUUAAAGGGCAUUGAAGGGGAGGGAAGAUCUCGCUGGGAUCGAUGGGGUCUGACCAGAGGGAGACGAUCCAAGACUGUUUCACAACCUGAUAUUCCAACAGCUAUCUCCAGAGAAGCAAGUUCUUUAGCAUCACGUCAGUACUCUAGACUGGCUUCUGAUUUCCCUCCAGUUUUCCACAUCAAGCUAAGAGAUCACAUCCUUCUCGAGGGUGAUCCAGUCACACUCAGUUGUUUGCCUGCCGGGAGCCCACACCCACACAUCACCUGGAUGAAAGAUAAGAAACCUGUGGAGAUAGAUGAAAGGAUGAACAUGAUAGCCUGCCCUGAUGGCCGACAGCUUCUCAUGAUCAUGCAGACCACCAAAAAGGAUGCGGGGGUCUACGAAUGUGUUGCAACAAAUCCCAUAGCCUCUGUUUCUAGCUCUUGCACGAUCUCACUUGCACGGCUGCCAAACCAACCCGGAACGCCUGAGAUUCCUCAAAAGUACAACAACACAGCUUUGGUGCUGUGGAGACCCUCUGACACUAUUGCACCUUGCACAUAUUCUCUGGAGAGAAAAGCAGAGGGAGAGACAAACUUCUUGAUCGUGGCGACAGGGGUGGCCGACUGUUACUACAAUGUGGUGGAUUUACCAGCAGGGGGCCUCUUCAGAUUUAGGGUGGCUUGUGUUAAUAAGGCUGGUCAAGGCCCGUACAGCAACCUCUCUGAAGUAGUUCGCCUGGAUGCAUCAGAACCAGCUGAGUCCAGUGCAACAGUGGUUGUCAAGACUGCAGCUGCCUCGUCUCCUCAACCCCCUGUGGUGAUAAAGUCAUCCAUGACGAUCCCACCAAUGAAACCAGUUCCAAAUAAAGCUACGACACAGACGUUUUCCCAACACAUCUCUCCCUCCACUGCCGGUCCUGUCCCAUCUGAAAAAUCGGCUUCCCCAAAAAUCCCCCAGCCAACUAAGCAAGUUGAGUUGAACACUGCAGCUACAACAGCCUCGGUUAUUUCAGCCCCUUCUAAGCAAGCUCCUGCUCAGGCCAACACAAUUGUGCAAACUACAGCAGGCAAAACAAAGUCCAUCCUUAGCAUCAGUGUUGGCAAACCCCAAACCAAGCUGAAUCCCCCACCUGUUGUCCCACCGAAACCUCAGAAUCCAAAUAAGGCGUUUGUGUCUAUUAGCAAUACAACUCCCUCUCCCUCUCCUGUCCCCACCUCGGGCCCUGUCAUUGGAAAACCCAUCUCCUCUGUGCCGAUGUAUGCGCCGGCUGGAAGUACUCAUGGCAUACAACCUUCUCAAUCCACUUGCACAACAACGAUCACCACGCCCUCCGCUCCUGCUAGGACCAUCUUCCCACCUGUAGUUUUGGUGCAGAGCUUGACACCUGUGGCGCAGGGAGCGGAUAGCCGUGGUACCCCAUCUGGACGGGUCACCCCAGCGGGACGGGUAACACCCUCUGGUCGCAGGACGCCGCUUGGCAAGGCUGGAGAGGGAUAUCUACGCCAGGGAGUCCCACAAAAACCCUACACAUUCAUGGACGAAAAAGCAAGAGGACGCUUUGGUGUGGUUCGGGAGUGUCGGGAAAACGCCACAGGGAACCUUUUCAUGGCCAAGAUUGUACCUUACGAAGCUGAAAACAAGCAGGUGGUGCUGCAAGAAUAUGACAUCCUUAAGUCACUGCAUCACGACAGGAUCAUGGCACUGCACGAGGCUUACGUCACACCACGCUACCUGGUGCUUAUCUCUGAGUACUGCAGCGGGAAGGAGAUUCUGCAAAGCCUCAUAGACAGGUUGCGUUAUUCAGAAGAUGAUGUGGUCAGCUAUGUUGUGCAGAUCCUCCAGGGUUUGGACUACCUUCAUACUAGAAGAAUUCUCCACCUGGACAUCAAGCCUGAGAACAUUAUUGUCACGCACAUGAAUGUCAUCAAGAUCAUUGACUUUGGCAGCGCUCAGAACUUUAACCCACUUUUCCUCAAGCAGUUCAGCCCACCGGUUGGAACACUGGAGUACAUGUCUCCAGAGAUGUUGAAAGGGGAUGUGGUGGGACCUCCAGCUGACAUCUGGAGUGUGGGAGUAAUAACAUUCAUGAUGCUGAGUGGAAGGUCACCUUUCAUGGAAAAUGAUCCCCAGCAGACUGAAAUGAAGAUCCAGGCUGCAAAGUUUGACCUCUCUAAACUCUACCAAAAUGUGUCCCAAAGUGCCUCACUGUUCCUCAAAAAGAUCCUCUGUAGCUACCCUUGGGCUCGUGCCUCUAUCAAGGAAUGCUUGAGUAAUUCUUGGCUUCAAGAUGCCUACCUGAUGCGUCUUCGCAGGCAAACUCUGACCUUUACAACGGUGCGUCUCAAGGAAUUUUUGGCAGACCAGCAGCGCAGGCGAGAGGAACUGGCAACCAAACACAAAGUUCUGCUUCGAUCUUACCAGAGCUCUCCACAAACCCCGAGCAGUCCAGCCACACCGACUGUGCCAAAUUUCCCUGUUCCUCAUUAAAACCAGGCUUGCAAGUUGCCAGAAUGUGAACAACAAAAGCCGCCGGGUCAAGUAAACCCUUCAGGUCAAAGUUGUUGAACUUGGUUGACGAAUGGACAAAAAAAUGCCAAGCUGCAAAAUGCCUGAAUGCAUUUAUUUUUGAAAGGUACACUACGUUUGUAUCCUCCUGGAUGUUACCUCAAUGUUUGUAAAUUUGGAUGCAUUUUGGAUAAAUAUUCUUACAACUGGCUACACGUUCACACACAAUGAAAACACUCAAAAGGCCUCGAUUGAUUUCAUUCAAUUUCAACAUUGCUUUACUUCAAAUUUCCCUUUACUAACAACCGAGUGUCUAUACUACCAGUUUUUACACAGAAAAGAAGUGCUUUGGAGAUAUUCUGAGUUUUCAAAUUCUGUUCUAAAGCACAUGAAAUACAUUUGUGGAUGCGACACAAGGGCUACUCGGACAAGACUCCUAACAGUAAUUCGAUUUUCAAUCUCAGGAGAUUGAUUGAUUUAUACAUGGUGUAUUUCCAAAUAUUAUUCCACUCAACAGCAGGAGUCAAAAAACACCUUACAUAUUCAGUUUUCUCCGAGUGAAAUGUUCACACUCACUUAUAUCAGCCGCGGUUUGAGUAUAUUUAUCAGUUUAUUACCGGUCUCUGCAUUGUGAAAUUUGCAUGACAUGAUUCAAGAUAUACUUUGUUGUUUCUUCUAAAAUGAAUAAGUACAAGAAAAUACAUGACACAAGUGGUAUAUCGGAGUACAUAUUUGCCUUUGGCCGUUUUCACAGAAAUGCCAAAUACUCGGUUGGUUCCAGCUUACUUUGGCAAUCACUGCUAAUAUUUUGGUGUCAUCGAAUUAUUUCAUAAUGUUUGUAUGGUGUAUUUCUAAUAAUCGUUGUCUUGCAAAACGGUGUGAAAUAAAAAAAUAAAAAAUAGAAAGUAAUACAUUAUCUGAGGUUUAUUUUUGACUGAGAUUAUUUUAUGGUUCUAAAUAUUGUAACACUUUUGUUCGGUUAAUAUUGGCCUUUUUCUGCAGUAAUUUGACGUUUUGCUUCCGUGUAAAGUCACUAUAGGGAUAUGAUUAGACGGAAGAGAGCUCAGCAUGACAAUGUCAUUUUUUAAGUAACAUUUUACACGCCUGUGCAAGCAUAAAUGAUCCUACACAAGUAUACCCUGAAUACUCAGACAACAGGGUUUUUUUCUGAACUACGAUACCCAUUUUUGUAUACUAUCCUUGAUGUAUUUUGUGAAAAAUGUGUUGCAGUGAUGAAUGUCGCGUACACACACGAGGCCAUUCGUACCGUGCUGGUCUUAGGUGCGAUUCCUGCUCCCUCUACUGACGUUUGCAUUUGUACUUCAACCCGUUUGCCCCAUCCCUUCUACAGGAUAUAUCCCUGACCUUGUGGAUUAUUUCCGGUCUUAUUUCAAAUCAUUUAAAAUAUGCAACAUUUUCCAUUAACCACGUGCAAGAGGAGUGAUCACAUGAAUUAAAUGGCAUGUCGGUUUUUUUACGCACACAAAAAUAUGUGUGAGUCAUUUUGAGUCUUUGUAUUUUGUUUAUUUUGUAAAAAACAAAAACGUGUGGGCUAUCAUAAAUCAUUUGCAAAGAGCUAUCGGAAAACGGUCAUCCUUUGACUUCCAUGUCGUGGUCCAUAUAUUCCAAGUGAAAUAGGCCCAAGCGCGGUACGAUUGGCCAAUGUGAGUACGCCCUUAGUCUCAUAAAGAAAACAUUUUCUCAAUUUAAUGCAUUGUUUGCAAAUUUGGCUCAUGAAUGCGACUUCUCUGUCUGGUUCACAUUUGUUAAUUUAUUGAGUGACUGUUCUGCUUUUUAUUUUGUGAACUGUUUUGGCAUGGAUACGGGCAUGAAUGCAGGCUGUGCAAUAAAGAAAACAUGACAAAUAUAAUCUGUGGAACUGUUCUCCCACAGUAGACUGAAUAAACAGUA